UGAAAAUAUGAAAUAUUCUAUAUUAAAAAAAAACAGUAAGACAAGAAUGCGCUGAAUACUAACUGGUUAUCGAAAUUACUCAAUCGCGAGUUAACUUCAGUUUUAAUCAAUUCUCCCUUAACGACGGACCUGUGUAUAUUUAAUACGAAGAUGGAUUCCAUUCCUAAAAAUUCACUGUUACAAUUCAAUCCAGACACUCUUGAAUAUGUACGUAAGAAAUGUAAUUUACAUCAGCCCGGUCGAAUGCAAGAAGCAAUUAAAAUAUUGGACGAGUGGACGAAAAAGCAGGCACAUUUUAAAAACAAAAAAUUUGAUCCACAUUAUUUGGAGACCACAAUCAUCGCCUGCAAGGGGUCUAUGGAAAGAUCUAAAGCGCAAAUUGACAGCAUCUGCACAUUUAGAACGUUAAUGCCGACAUUCUUUAGAAGGCUUAACGUGAAACAUGAUCUUGGAAAUCUUUAUGAUAUUGUACGGCCAGUUAUAUUACCGAAGAUGACGCCUGAUCACCAUCGGGUGUUUAUGGUCAAAUUAAACGGAGCAGCGUUUGAGGCAUCACAGUUUAUGGAUUAUUAUAAUUUUUGUAUUAUUAUAGCAGAAUAUUUAAAGGUGCACGAUUAUUUAAAUGGCUUCCUAGUAUUUACAGACUUCAAUGAAAUUAAUUUAAUGGAUUUUGUUACUAAAUUAAAUCCCAUUGAACUUCGCCAAGCAUUAACUAUAUACAUGCAAGGAUUUGGUAUGAGAUUAAAAGGUAUUCAUAUCUUGAGUUCGUCAAAAUUAAUUGAUGUUUUAAUAACGAUAUUAAAGCAGAUCUUAAGUGAAAAGUUGAUUAAACGCAUUUGCGUACAUAAAACUAUGGAUACCGUAUACGAACAUAUACCAAAGAAUAUUUUACCCUCCGAAUUUGGUGGAGAAGGAGGAAGCGUUAAGGAAAUUCAUGAAUCAUGGGUUGAGCUACUUAGCACUGAUGAGCAUCUUGCAUAUUUAGAUGGUCAGCGUGAAACAAGAACAGAUGAGGCUCUCCGACAGUCACAAGUUUUUAAUGAACAAUACGCUGGAAUGCCAGGAACGUUUAGAACACUUACAGUAGACUAAAUAUAAAAAUAGGUUGUUUCAAAAGCAUGUAAACACAAGCAUUACUUAACGUUUAGGUUUUUACACUAUUUUAUAAUUUCAUCUCGGUUAUUAUGUUUGGCUGAAAUGUGUAACAAAUUGAAGUAAAUUUUUACAAUAACGACAACUAAUUUUAAUGUGGGAUCUGUGGUUAAAAUAUCUGCUAAAAUAUGUUUUCCGUUUAUUUAAAAAAAAAGAAUGAGGAGUAUUAAAGAUUUAAACUAAGUAUUUACGCUACCUGCAAAGCGUAUACAUUUUGUAAAACUAUAGGGUUCUAUUGGAAAUGGUGCAUUGAAGAGAUUAUUAUUUAAAUUAUACUUUAGUAUACAACCUAUCAA